CUAAAGUACAGCAAUAUGAAGAGUCUCAAGGCCAAGUUUAAAAAGAAUGAGAAUCAGGACUGGAGCAAGAGUGAUGAGAGGCUCCUCCAGGCCGUGGAGCAAAACGAAGCAGAGAAAAUGUCCGCCCUCAUCCUUAAAAAGGGUCUCUCCCCCACCAAGUUGGAUGCUGAGGGCAAGUCAGCCUUCCAUUUGUGUGUAUCUCGAGGGCACGUCGACUGUCUGGAGGUCAUCAUUGCUCACGGAGCUGACCUCAAUGUCACAGAUGGUGCCGGCUUUGGAGCCCUUCACCUUGCAGCCAAAAAUGGACAAGCAGAGUGUUUAAAAAGACUUUUACAGGAGAGACUGGAAGUUGAUUGCACAGACGCCAUUGGGAGGACGCCUCUCCAUCACGCAGCUGUCAGUGGCUGCGUAUCAUGCACCGAGAUCCUUUGGGACUUUAAAGCUGAUCUUGAUGUCCAGGAUGGGGAUGGAACCACCGCCUUAAUUCUGGCAGCGCAGAUGAGUCGAGUGGAGCUGUGUAUCUUUCUGCUUGGUCGAGGUGCCAACGCAAACAUUCAGGACAACCAGGGGAGGACUGCUUUAAUGCUAGCCUGCGAGAGUGACAGCGCUGAGACAGUGGCUGCUCUGCUGAGGGGUGGGGCCAACACGCAGCUGGUAGAUGGCCUAGGAAACAAGGCAGACGACUACUGUUCUGAUAACCAUCACAUUGGGCACAUGUUGCAAAAUGGAGCACCUCCUGGUAUGACACCUCAGAACAGCUCACGGUCCUCACUCGUGCAUGGGGGUAGUACCCCUCGCAAAAGAAAAGCCCCUCCUCCUCCGCGCUCCCCUCUCCAGGGAUUGCCACCCACCCCUCAUCCACGAAGUCCUGCUCCCACUGUUCAUUCGCCCGAACCCCCUGCUCAAUCGCCCUCUCCUCGGCCCACAGGCUCAUCUCCUUCAGCUCAGGUGGAAGAUGAGGAGGUGUUUGAAGAGAUUCGGCGGCUACGUCUUGAGCGAGGCCGUCUCCUCCAGAAAAUAAAAUCCUUGGAGCAGCAGCAACAGAGUGCCCUCUCUGCCUUGGAGGAGCUUUCCCAACUGAAACGGCGCCUAAAGGAGGCAGAGGCUGAGAGGGACAAGUUAAUCGGAGAGCUUAAGGGAGUUAAUGGUGUCGGGGCAAGUGACUCUGAGGAUAUGGAAGAAAUGUUUGACUUCCCAGAGAAGUUGCUUUCCAAGCGUUCCAGAGCCUCAACUGCAGGUGAUGAGGCCUUCUCUGAUGCAGAAUCAUCCAGCCCAACUCCUGCACUUGCCAACCGGGGAACUGUGGAAGAAUUACACCAGAAAAUAGAGGAGCUUACGUCAGAGAAUGCUGAGCUGGUUCUCAAAGUGCAGAUGCUGGAGAUGUUUGAGAAGGAUGACACUGACAUGCAAAACCCUGGUGCGGACUUUGUCCCCAUAGCACAGUAUGAGACUAUUAGGAAAGAGUUUGAAGCCCUGCAAGAGCGAUUCUCUGAGGCUCGAAAGUCCAGUGGAGUCUCCAGUGAGGUGGAAGAACGUGAUGACAAGACAUCUGAGGCUGAAAGUUUAGAGAGUCCAGAGGCUCUGAAGGAGAAACUACAAGGCCUGCAGGGCCAGUUGGCCUCCUCCCUGUCAGAGCUAGAACAACUAAAGGAGCAAAUGCGUCUUGGGGUGUUCUCCGUUGAAUGUGGCGAAGGGGACACAACGGCAGCGGGGGCCAGUGAAGUUCCAAGCCCUGAGAACCAGCAGCUGAGGGCGAGGGUAGACGAGUUAGAGGAGGAGCUUACUCAAAAAGAUGCCAAAGCGGUGGCUCGGAACUCCGAGGACGCUGACAGAAUCAAACAGCUGACAGAUCAGGUCGAGCAACUCCAAACUGCUCUGGUCCAGAAAAAGUUUGCAAGUGAAGGCAGCUGGAGAAACUCAGCAGCAGGAGAUCAAACUGAAACUGUGAAAGUUGCGGGCGAGCUGGAGGCAAGCGUGGCAGAAGAAGGAAGCAAGUCAGAAGGACCGAAUGGAAUUCAUGUUCGUCAACUUCAGGAGCGUGUGGUGGAGCUCGAGGGCGAGUUGAAGAAGUGUGUGCCCCGUUCACACCUGGAAGAGGUGCAGGUCACGCUGGGCCUCCAGUGCGAACAGCUGGCCAGAGAGAGAGCGGAGGUGGCGAGGAGGCUCAAUGAUGCCCUCCUCCAAUUGGAGAGACUCAGGCCUCCUGCGAAUGACGAGGAUGAGGAAGAAGAGCACUCUGAAAGCUCGGAGCUCUCUGUUACAUCAGAACGCUCCAGACGUAUGCUGGCCUCCGUCCGUGAGGAGCUGGAAGUGGCUAGACAGGACGCAGCCCAGGCUCUCGACUGCUUGUGCGCCGAGCGAGAGAGCCGUGCCCACGAAGCCCUGCAACUGAAGGAUGUUGUUCCUCUGUCAAAGCACAAAGAAGCGCUGUCCGCCGUGUCGGAGCAGCUGGCACAAACCUUACAGGAGCUCCAACAGGAAAAAAUGCAGCGAACAGAGGCAGAAGAGCAGGUGGUCACACUUGAGGCCAAACUAGAGGCUAUGCAUGAGGCUGUACCGAAAGAGGAGCACGAGAAAGUCAAGACAGAGCUUCAGCGCUCCCUGCAGGCCAGCGAGAGCAGUGCAACAGCUGCUCAAGAGGCUCUGAGUGACAAGGAAACUGAGCUGAGGGAACUCAAGUCCCAAAAGGCCGCCCAGCAGGGCCUUAUCUCCAAGGAGGACCAUGAAGCCCUGCGGCUGUCUAUGCAGGCCGAGAUCAAUGCCAUGGCAGCCCGCCUUAACGACCUCACACGUAAACAUGAGAAGACCUGCACUGAGGUGUUCCAAGUGCAGAGGGAGGCUCUGUUUAACAAGAGCGAGCGACAAGUUGCGGAGACUCAGCUAGCUGCUGUGCAACAGCAGUUUCAGGAACUGGAGGCAAAGUCGAGUCACAUUCAGGAACUUCACACAAACAUCCAAGAGUCUCAAGGCCUGGUCAAGGAGAAGGACCGCAAGAUAACAGAGCUGUCAAAGGAGGUAUUCCGGUUAAAAGAGGCACUUGGAUCUCUGUCACCUCCUCUUGGCAUCACAUCCUCCAGCUCAAACACACAUCACGGGAACCCAGGACAGCAAAUGGCUCAACAGAACAGGAUCGCCAUUCUCAAUCAACAACUCCAGGAUUGGGAAAGAAAGCACAAGCAGGUGGUUUCUGUGUAUCGGUCACAUCUACUGGCAGCCGUGCAGGGUCGUAUGGAUGAAGAGGUGCAACGUCUUCUCCUCCAGAUCCACAGGAUGAGCCAACAGGGUCAAUGACAUCACCGUUGCACAUCAUUUUAGCUCAUCAAAUCAAGUAUAUACAAGCACAUACCUGUUUUACUAAUGGAUGGUGAGCUAACAUUUGACUAAACAUCCAAGGGGCUGUGGAUUUUUUAUUUUCAAUAAAUGAUAUAUCGUUAUUCAUUUAUUCGUGCUCGUGACAUAUAUUAAUGGGCAGAACGUUAAAAUGCUCUUCCACUAAAAGGCAAAUGGUAUAUUAUCUAUCAUGUGGAUUCAGAUUAUGUACAGCGGGGCAGAUAAGUAUUUAGACAACGACUAAUUGUGCAAGUUCUCUCACUUGAAAAUAUUAGAGGCCUGUAAUUGUCAACAUGGGUAAACCUCAACCAUGAGAGACAGAAUGUGUGGGAAAAAAACAAAACAGAAAAUCGCAUUGUUUGAUUUAUAGAAGUUAUUUGCAAAUCAUGGUGGAAAAUAAGUAUUUGGUUAAUCUCAAUACUUUGUUAUGUACCCUUUGUUGGCAAUAACGGAGGCCAAACGUUUUCUGUAACUCUUCACAAGCUUUUCACACACUGUUGCUGGUAUUUUGGCCCAUUCCUCCAUGCAGAUCUCCUCAAGAGCAGUGAUGUUUUGGGGCUGUCGUUGGGCAACACGGACUUUCAACUCCAUCCACAGAUUUUCUAUGGGGUUGAGAUCUGGAGACUGGCUAGUUCACUCUAGGACCUUGAAAUGCUUCUUACGAAGCCACUCCUUUGUUGCCCUGGCUGUGUGUUUGGGAUCAUUGUCAUGCUGAAAGACCCAGCCACGUCUCAUCUUCAAUGCCCUUGCUGAUGGAAGGAGAUUUUCACUCAAAAUCUCUCGAUACACGGCCCCAUUCAUUCUUUCCUUUACACAGAUCAGUCGUCCUGGUCCCUUUGCAGAAAAACAGCCCCAAGGCAUGAUGUUUCCACCCCCAUGCUUCACAGUGGGUAUGGUGUUAUUCCGAUGAAAUUCAGUAUUCUUUCUCCCCCAAACACGAGAACCUGUGUUUCUACCAAUAAAUUCUAUUUUGGUUUCAUCUGACCAUAACACAUUCUUUCUGUCCUCUUUUGGAUCAUCCAAAUGCUCUCUAGCGAACCGCAGACGGGCUUGGACGUGUACUUUCUUCAGCAAGGUGUCACGUCUGGCAGUGCAGGAUUUAGGUCCCUGGCGGCGCAUUGUGUUACUUUGGUACUGUGGUCCCAGCUCUCUGUAGGUCAUUCACUAGGUCCCCCCGUGUGCUUCUGGGAUUUUUGCUCACCGUUCUUGUUAUCAUUUUGACGCCACGGGGUGAGAUCUUGCAUGGAGCCCCAGAUCGAGGGAGAUUAUCAGUGGUCUUGUAUGUCUUUGGUUUUCUAAUAAUUGCUCCCACAGUUGAUUUCUUUACACUAAGCAUUUUACCUAUUGCAGAUUGAGUCUUCCCAGCCUGGUGAAGGUCUACAAUUUUGUCUCAAGUGUCCUUCGACAGCUCUUUGGUCUUGGCCAUAAUGGAGUUUGGAGUGUGACUGACUGAGGUGGUGGACAGGUUUCUUUUAUAUCGAUAAUGAGUUAAAACAGGUGCCCUUAGUACGAGUGGAGCCUCGUUAGAAGAAGUUAGACCUCUUUGACAGCCAGAAAUCUUGCUUGUUUGUAGGUGACCAAAUACUUAUUUUCCACUCUAAUUUGGAAAUAAAUUCUUUAAAAAUCAAACAAUGUGAUUUUCUGCUUUUUUUUUUUCCACAUUCUGUCUCUCAUGGUUGAGGUUUACCAAUGUUGACAAUUAUAGGCCUCUCUAAUCUUUUUAAGUAGGAGUACUUGCACAAUUGGUGGUUGACUAAUUACUUAUUUGCCCCACUGUAAUUUCUUUGUGUGUGUGUUAUGUAAAAUGUGCCUUGGCUCAGUAAAGAUUGGUAAACACUAGCCUACAUCAUCCAAUAUGGGCGGAGCAUGGUGUCAAAGUUUGAUGAACAUUUUGUUGUUACACAAGAAACACAAUUUGUCAUGAACAAAACAUACUUAGCUAUAAAAGAAAAAAAUAAGAUGCAACUCGGAGCACUAAAAGUAUUAGCUUCACGCAACGUACGCACGUGAAUUGUAAGACCCAUAGUGUGAAUCAAGUGUGGCAUCUCUGUAUAAGUCAAAGUGUGAGUUAUUUUUAGACUGUGCAACAAAUGUGUCAUUGGCCUACAAUAUUUGCUAUAGCUUUUUUUUUUAAACAAUAUUUUCUUGUUUCGAUUAAAAACAAAUACACAAAAAUA